CGCUACCAAGUUAGCGUGGGCCAAAGUUCGCUGAAAUGUGGGUUUAAACAGUGUUUACGCUUGGGACUGUUAAAUGUACAGGAAUAAGUAAAGCAGUUGGUAUGUGGUGUUUACGAAAAACAUAACAGUCGACGAAAUACACUGUUUUUUGCUUAGCCAUAAUGGCAAGAUUUGUGACGUAAUUAGUAAAAACACAGGCGGAAAGCUGAUUUCCAGCUCAUGACUUUACCAGCUCAUGAUUUUGCCAUUUAAUGAGGUCAGAUUUUCUAACAGGUGUGCAAGAGGCUACCGCGUCGCCUCCUGGGCAAUUAACUCUCUGUCUCAUCUGCAGGUGAAAGGCGGUACCUUAGUGACGAUACUGAAGGGUGAUAGGUCGUUUGGUGACAGGCACUCGACAAACACCACGUCACGACUCGCUUUGCCACUGGGUUAUCAGAUCGCUAUCACUGCCCACGGUGAAAGUAAUAGCUACAGGGGAUUCGAGGAUAUAAACAGCCGCUGCGCCGAAGGCAAAGCAGCAUUUUUAUAUUUAAAAGUCGCCGUGACGGAGUGGACUAUACCGGUUUUAGAAUAGCCGAGUUGGAAAACAGGUGGUGUGACUCUCCAGACUUUCGGUAAGAAUACAGCUCGGUAAGAAUACAAGUACUUCCACGAUACUGUGCGUUUUAUACUACAGUAUUGAGAGAUACAUAUAACACUAACCGCGUGGCGUGCUUGACGUGGAAGUUAUAAAUACGAGUGCCUUUGGCAGGAACAGUGAGUUUUUAGCUUCACAGACAAUUCUGAUUUUUCCCUUAAUUACAGUGGGAAACAGUCACUGAUAUGAAGGCUUUCCUCUUUAUCGUCGCCACGCCUAUUCUUCUCUGCCUUCACGGCACGGAAGGACAGACGGUCGUUCCCGAUGAUGUUCUCACACUUUCCACGGCAAACUUCGACUUUGCCUUGCAGCUCUACAACAAGCUGAAGGCAGGCGGUGAUGGGAAGAAUAUAUUUUUCUCACCGGUAAGCAUCUCAACGGCGUUCGCUAUGCUUCACCUUGGCGCGAAGGGCAACAGUCGGAGUCAACUCGAACAGGUGCUGAAACUGGACGCACUCAGCGGAAAUAACGUUCACAAGGCAUUCAAAGACCUCCACGCCCUUCUUAAUUCACCGGCAACCAACGUGACCCUUCGCUCAGCCAACAGGCUCUACGCCAGCAACAAAUACGAAUCGUUCAAAGACCAGUUCUUCACGGACGCCAGUGAAUUCUUCGGCGCCUCAGUCGAGCGAAAAGACUUUGUGGGCAAAGCAGAAGCCUCGCGCCAAGAAAUUAACGGUUGGGUGGAGAAACAAACCGAGGAGAAAAUUAAGGACUUGAUACCAGCUGGCGGCAUUACACCGGCCACCAUCAUGGUGUUGGUGAACGCCAUUUAUUUCAAGGGAUUAUGGCAGGAUCCCUUCAACGCCAGCUACACCACCGAAAUGCCUUUCCGCACCGGCGCCGGGAGGUCGACCAACAUAAAAAUGAUGAUGAUUCCCGGCAAAACCUUCCCGUAUGCCGAGUCCGCGGCACUCAAGUCAAAAGCCAUUGAAAUUCCAUACAAGGGCACUGUUAGCAUGGUAGUCGUUGUCCCCGAUGACGUUGACGGACUAGCUGCCCUGGAGGCGAAGAUGGAUGUCACCGCAGCAAAUGUGCUUCUCGACAGCUUGGGCAGGACUGAUGUGAAUAAGUUUUAUUUUCCACAGUUCGAGCUGAAAGAGUCCCAGUACCAACUAAAAUCAUUUUUGACAUCCAUGGGGAUGACCGACAUCUUCGGACCAAAUGCCGAUCUUUCUGGGAUCGGCGGCAAUCCCGGGGAGUUACAAGUCGACGAAGCUAUUCACAAGGCCUUUAUUAAGGUUGACGAGCAAGGAACCGAAGCGGCCGCGGCUACAGCAAUAACCGUCCGUCUCACCGCCCUAACUCCACAAAUCGACGAGUUCAAGGUUGAUAGGCCAUUUUUAUUCUUUAUUCGGGAGAAGAUGAGCGGAUCCAUCUUGUUUAUGGGUCGUGUUGCCAACCCCCCGCCCGUCGGGCAGCCCAGAUCGAACGCCAUCCGGGAUGGAACGGAAACAGACGACAACAGUUCCGCAGCAAUUUUGGUGCCGUCAUGGACUCUCCUAUUGGUCAUUAUGUGGCGAAUGUUGUAAAACGUGAACUUGAAAUAGAACUCUGGUGUGUUUGACUGUGCAUAUAAAUAAGAAGCUAUAAAAAAUGUCGUUUGAGCUGAACACCAAAGACUGGCGAUUAACGGACGUUGCUGUGUGAUGAAGCUGAAACGCAAAGAUCUGCACAGUUUUUUCCCUCGUGUUUCUUCAGGGUUUGGUAAAAUAUUGUGGUUUUAUCACUUGUGCAGGUGUACAUUGUGUACCUACCUGCACCGCCAUUUUACGAAAUCUCAUCAAAUAUUAAUGGACUUUUUAUCGCUGUAAAAGCUAUGCGCCCGAAUACCUUUUAAGCUUUAACGUUUUCGAAAUCCUUUUAUUUUGUGUACAGAAGUAAUAAAGAUUAUCUUUUUAUAUAGCAACUUAA